AGACUCUGAACUCCAAAGCACCACUCUCAUCUCUCGGACACCUGCCCACAGAUUUCUUUUCUCCUAGCAAUGUGGGUCAGUCGUAUGGCACUGCAAAGGCUGCAGCGGCUUGCAGUUACUCCUCUGAAUAUUACUAGGGGACAGACAAGCAGCAUGCAGAGGGAGAUGUCUACCCUGCCACGGGUGUAUAUCACCCGACAGAUCCCACCCGAGGGCCUGAGGAUCCUGCAUGAAUCUGGACAGGUGCAGUUUGACCUGUGGGACUCAGAUGACGCCCCUGUACCGAGGAAGGAGCUGCUGCAGAAGGUCAAAGGUGUCGAUGGUCUGGUGUGCACGUUGACAGAGAAGAUUGAUGCAGAGUUGUUGGAUGCUGCAGGUCCAAACCUGAAGGUCCUCAGUACCAUGUCUGUGGGCUAUGACCAUCUUUCUUUGGAGGAGCUGAAAAAAAGAGGGAUCCGUGUUGGUUACACCCCUGAUGUCCUGACUGAUUCUGUGGCUGAGCUGACUGUGGCUCUGCUGCUCACAACUUCCAGGAGGCUCAUAGAGGCCACACAUGAAGCCAAGACUGGUGGCUGGGGCACAUGGAGAACUCUGUGGCUGUGUGGACAUGAGCUGGCCAACAGCACUGUGGGUAUCCUGGGCCUGGGCAGGAUUGGUGUGGCUAUCGCUGAGCGUCUGGCACCUUUCAAAGUAAAGAAGUUCAUCUAUACAGACGUUGCACCCAGGCCUGAGCUGGCCAGUCUCAUCAAUGCAGAGUUUGUCUCCUUCGACGAGAUGGCAGAGCAGUCAGACUUCCUGGCUGUGUGCUGUGCUUUAACACCAGAAACAAAAGAGAUCUGCAACAAAAAACUCUUCUCCAAGAUGAAAAAUACCUCCAUCUUUAUCAACACAAGCAGGGGAGGUGUGGUGAACCAGGAAGACCUUUAUGAGGCUCUGUCCACUGGGCAGAUUGCAGGAGCUGGGUUAGAUGUCACUGUUCCUGAGCCCCUUCCCACCAGCCACCCACUCUUUACCCUCAAAAACUGUGUGAUUCUCCCACAUAUUGCUAGUGCCUCUUACACUACCCGUAAUGCCAUGUCUGCCCUGGCAGCGAACAACCUGCUCCUUGGCCUACGGGGUGAGCCGAUGAUCAAAGGACUCAAGCUGUAAGAGGAAAGUGGAUCUAUCAGUUCAAGUUCCUUUACCUGUAGUAAAACAAAACCAUGAAGUAUACUUUCAUAUUCAUAGUCAGUGAUUUACAUACAGUAGAUGUCAGCACACCCCCAGUUUGGAGAAGCAGGCAGGAGAACUGACAUAGAAGCUAAGCAAUGUACUGCUGUGAUUGGGGGCAGCAGGAAAACACAUUUUAGCAGUUUAAAAAAUGGCAAUCUACAAUAAAUUCAUUUCAAUUUAAGUGUACAAUAUAUUUAGAAUAUUUUCACUACUUUACCUUGUUGUCAGACAGCUGUUUCCUAAAACACAAACACAACACUAACAAACAACGCAGAGGUAGA